AUACAUAGAGGCGGAUGGGGAGGCUGUCACCGCCGCGAUGGGAGCCCGCAGCAUCCUCCUCCGGCAUCCCGCCUUCACCUGCAGCCUCGCCGCCGGGAAGCCUCGGGCAGCCUCCUCCCUGUGCGCCCUGCGGGGCCGCGGGCACCCCCUGGCCGCCCUGCCCGGACCCCCCAGCUGGCCCCUGAUGGGCAGCCUGCCCGAUGUCCUCUGGAAGGGGGGGCUCAAGAGGCAGCAUGAGACGCUGGCCGAGUACCACAGGCGCUUCGGGAAGAUUUUCCGCAUGAAGCUGGGGGCUUUCGACUCGGUUCACAUCGCAGCCCCCUGCCUGCUGGAAGCCCUGUACCGCCGGGAGAGCUCCUGCCCCCAGCGCCUGGAGAUCAAGCCCUGGAAAGCCUAUCGGGACUAUCGCGACGAGGGCUACGGGCUGCUGAUCCUGGAAGGAAAGGACUGGCAGAGGGUGAGAAGUGCCUUCCAGAAGAAAUUAAUGAAGCCCAGCGAAGUUGUGAAACUGGACUCCACGAUCAAUGAGGUCCUAGAGGACUUCAUGUAUAGAAUAGAUGAAGUUUGUAACCACAAUGGACAAAUGGAAGACGUAUAUUCAGAAUUCAACAAAUGGUCAUUUGAAAGUAUCUGCCUGGUGCUGUAUGGAAAGAGGUUUGGUCUCCUACAGCAGGAUGUAGAAGAAGAAAGUCUGAAUUUCAUCAAGGCUGUAAAAACGAUGAUGGCUACUUUUGGAAUGAUGAUGGUGACCCCCGUGGAGCUUCACAAAGGUCUGAACACAAAAGUCUGGCAAGCUCAUACUAAAGCGUGGGAUGACAUCUUUAAAACUGCCAAGCACUCAAUUGACUGUCGGCUGGAAAAACAUUCUGCAAACCCUCAUGAGGAUUUUCUGUGCGACAUCUACUCUGGAGGACAACUUUCUAGGAAGGAGCUGUAUGCUGCCAUCACAGAGCUCCAGAUUGCUGGAGUUGAAACGACGGCCAAUAGCUUACUGUGGGCUUUGUACAACAUUUCACGCAAUCCACAUGUUCAGCAGAAACUUCUUCAGGAAAUACAGAGUAUUUUGGCUGCUAAUGAGAGUCCAAGUGCUGAGAACUUGAAAAAUAUGCCUUACCUAAAAGCAUGUCUGAAAGAAUCCAUGAGAGUAACACCAUCCGUACCUUUUACCACUCGCACUAUUGACAAAGAAAUGGUUCUAGGAGAUUAUGUACUACCCAAAGGGACAGUACUAAUGAUAAAUACCCAUGCCUUGGGUUCCAAUGAAGAAUACUUUAAUGGCUGGACUCAGUUUAAACCAGAGCGCUGGCUUCAGAAGAACUCAAUAAAUCCAUUUUCUCAUGUCCCAUUUGGCAUUGGGAAGCGGAUGUGCAUUGGACGUCGCUUAGCAGAGCUGCAGCUUCACUUGGCCCUUUGCUGGAUCAUUCGCAAAUACCAAAUAGUGGCAACGGAUGAUAAGCCAGUGGAAACACUCCAUUCAGGAAUACUGAUUCCCAGCCGGGAGCUCCCCAUUGCGUUUCACAGGCGAUAAGCUUGCAAACUGACAAAUGAGAAUUCUACUGCUGCCUUUCCUGAACAAAAUAUAUAUUGACUGGGAAAGCCAAAACCUGUGGUAACUGGUGGAGAAACUGCAACACACAUGCCUCAAACAACAGAAACAGUACCAACAAAAGCUCCUAUAAUGUUUUAUUGGAAAACGUGGUUAAUUCAGCUGUACUUGGCAAUGCUAAAAGGAAAGAAAAAUAGUCUGCACAUUCAUAUACCUACACAAAUACACUGGCUUAGUGCAGUGGAGGGACUGUGCAGGACGGAGUUUGCUGUGAGUUAUAGAGUGUUAGAUAUGGUUGUUAGUGUACAGGGAAACUAUUACAGACGCAAGCUGUUCAGUAGGCUAGCCUGAAAAAAGCUCAUCUCCAGUUUGUGGGUAUCAUAGAGGAAAUCUGGGGGGAUAGCAAUCACUACUGCUCUGUUCCUGUUAGCUCAGGGUUGAAGAGCUUCAAGAAGUCAGCUUAAGGGUAAAGAAACUUGCUUAGUCCUUAUCUUUUUUUUUUAUUAUUUUUUGUAUGCGAGGCCUUAUCCUUUAAUGGAAUCACUGGAAUCCUAUGGGUUCUGCCACUAUAAAAUGAUGAUUAUCCUAACAGGAUAGUUCCUUCAGCAGAUAAGUAAUAUAAAAUGCAUGUUUAAAGCAUCACAGGAAAUAA